AUGGCGGACGAGGUAGAGGGAAAGCGUAAGAAGAAGGCGAAAAAGAAAGCGAAACACAAACCUGAAAAGAGAAAGAGGGAUUCAUCUCUGGUACGAGAUAAUGGUGUUUUACCCUCAAAGUUGACGAAAACGGAGAACAACAGCUCUACGACAUGUAGAGGUCGCCAAUUUACUGUUAGUCUUGCUCUACCUGGCUCCAUCCUUGACAAUGCGCAAUCGCCAGAACUGAGGACAUACUUAGCAGGGCAGAUUGCUCGAGCUCUAGCUGUUUUCAAUGUAGAUGAAGUUGUUAUCUUUGAUGAGUCUGGAAAGGCCAAGAGUGAGUCUAGCAGUGGACUGAACCGAAAGUCAGACCCUAAUAUCUUGCUGGCAAGAAUACUUCAGUAUCUGGAAUGUCCUCAGUAUCUAAGGAAAAAUUUCUUUCCAAAACACAGUGAUUUACAAUAUGCAGGAUUGUUAAAUCCAUUGGAUACCCCACAUCAUAUGAAAGUGGAUGAUGACAUCCCCUACAGGGAGGGAGUGGUCCUUGAAAGACCUGUCAAGAAAGGGAGUGGUUCGUUUGUGAAUGUUGGAAUGCGGAAAGAGGUGCGAAUUGAUAAAUCCAUCAAGCCAGGUGUGAGAGUCACGGUCAAGAUGGGGGACACAUCAGGCACAAAAUUCUACACUGGAGCAGUUGUUUCUCCUAGCACACCCAGAACAGAAGAAGGACUGUAUUGGGGCUACAGUGUAAGGCUAGCUUCUUCAUUUGGGGCAGUGUUCACACAGAGUCCAUACAAAGAGGGCUAUGACAUCACCAUUGGAACUUCAGAAAGGGGGACCUCGGUAGAUGCUCUAGAACUACCAAACUUUAGACAUUUGCUAGUGGUGUUUGGUGGAUUGAAAGGACUAGAGACUAGUUUAGAGUCUGAUGAGAAUUUACCGGCAAAUGAUCCAUCUCUAGUGUUCGACUAUUACGUGAACACUUGUCCUGGCCAAGGAAGUGGAACAAUAAGAACAGAGGAGGCCAUACUUGUCACGAUGUCCGCCUUGAGACCAAUCAUAGCAAAAGCAACACAAUGCCAGCUACCUUCAGUUGCCUCUUUGUAAAAUGUGGGCCUCUAAAAUGAGGCUGGAAGAAAGCGCAAUUUGUACCCUCGGGGUGGUACCUAAUAUUAAUCAAUAAUGUUCUGGGACGCCACUGGUUGUCUGAUCUAUAUGGACUGAUUUUCAUUGAUCGAUUACUUUUUGUUUCUAAAGUAAACUGCCGAAAGUAACGAAUCUAACGAUCCUCCGAAAGUAACGUCAAAAAGUUGUGGCCGCUAAAGGUAUCGCUUAUGCCACGAAGAGUAGUGAAAUGUCAAUUCGUGCUUCUUAAGUUCAAGCUGGGCCGUGUUAAAACAAAACCCGUAGAGGUCCGGAUAGUAGCAGACAUUUUGCAAUUUUAAGAAACAACACAACGCUUUUUAAAAACAUGUUUCAACAGAGUCUGCUGUCAUCUUCAGUUUAAAUUACGAAGUACGGAAUUGAGUAUACAGUGUGCGCAAAAUGCUAAUUAACUAUAAGAACAAAGGAAACAUGGCAACGCGUAAAAUAAUACAAAGAAAGAUAUUUCACACCAAACAUGUUACCUAUUUUUAAGGACGAGAAAACUAACUUAAUAUCAAUGCUGUUACAAUAACGUUUAGCAAGGUGGCGACCCUUUUUUGCGUGAUAAUAGAAAAAGGACCAAUGUAACGUAAUUUAAAGUAAAAGGUACGUGUAGUGUCAGAGACGGAAGCCGGGGGACUACAGCCGUGACGUGUAAAUGUGAGGUAACGA